AGCUAGCUAACGGUAAACGGUUAGCGGUCCCAAAGCAAACCGUUUUGGGUUUUUUUUAACUGUUAUCCAGCUGCGGGGUACACUUUAAAAUGUGUUUGUAUCUGCCUCAGUUUCCGGGUAAACGUUUCAUCAUUAACGUUAAGGGCCAAACUGCAGAACCACGAAACCCGCUACCGAACAACGUCAUUUUUUCCCCACCUAACGUUUGCGUUGGCAACUUUACGUAACCGAAUCACGGAGUAACGUGCGUAAUGCUGCCGUCAGAUAGGAGCUACAUAGCUAGCUAGCUAGCUAGCUCUGUCCCGUCAGUAACAUAAGUCACAAGCUAACAGGCUGCUUAGCUAGCUUCUUUCAGAGAUAAAGAUAGCAGACUGGGGCUAAAGUUACAAAUACUAGCGGAGCGCCGCUGACUCGCUGCCCUCGAUCUGCACCAACAUGAGUCCGAAAAAUGUUGUUUUCAAGAAGGUUUGCAAGGACAAGUCGGUUGGCGUCUACAUGGGGAAAAGGGACUUUAUCGACCGCGUUGACUCUGUGGACCCAGUGGAUGGCGUCAUCAUCAUUGAUCCUGAGGCUCUGCAGGGGAGGAAAGUGUUCGUCACCCUGUCUUGCACCUUUCGGUACGGCAGAGAUGACAUGGAUGUGAUGGGAAUCGCCUUCCGCAGGGAGCUGUACCUUUCAACCCGCCAGGUGUACCCACCUCUGCAGGACCGCGAGAAGGGAGUCCACACCAGGACACAGGCCAGACUGCUGCGCAAGCUGGGAGACAACGCCUACCCGUUCUUCUUCGAGUUUCCUGACAACCUGCCUUGCUCGGUGGCUCUCCAGCCAGCUCCCCACGAUGUCGGCAAGCAAUGUGCUGUGGAGUUUGAAAUCAAAGCGUUCAGCGCUGAGAGCCAGGACAGCAAAGUGCGCAAACGGAGCACCGUGAAGCUGAUGCUCAGGAAGGUCCAAUACGCUCCAGAGAGCGAGGGUGUGGCGCCCACUGUUGAAACCACCAGGGACUUUGUCAUGUCGGAUAAACCGCUGCAUGUCAAGGCCAGUCUGGACAAAGAGAUCUACUACCAUGGUGAGACCAUCAAAGUGCACGUCAGCAUCACAAACAGCUCCAGCAAAAACAUCAAGAACAUCAUCGUCUCUGUGGAUCAGGUCGCCAACGUGGUGUUGUACUCCAAUGACAGCUACGUCAAAUGUGUGGCUAUCGAGGAACCUGGGGAUUCAGUCUCUCCUGGAGCGACCCUGCACAAAGUCUACAAGCUGCUGCCUCUGCUGGCCAACAACAGGGAGAGGCGGGGCAUCGCUCUGGACGGCAAACUGAAGCACGAAGACACCAACCUGGCGUCAUCAAGCAUCGUCAAGGAAGGUGUGCUGAAGGAAGUCAUGGGGAUCAUGGUUUCAUACAGAAUCAUGGUGAAGCUCAUUGUCGGAGGGAUGAUGGGAUCAAGUGAGGUCGGCCUGGAAGUUCCCUUCAAACUGAUGCAUCCUAAACCUGAUGCAGUGAAGGAGAGUGAGAUGGAGGAGGAGAUGGAGUUCCAGGAGUUCAAGCGCUCCUACCUGAAGGGGAUGAUCGAUGACGAGGACGAAGAUGGAAACGUGUCGGGUGGGGACGACAUGGCGCCCAAAGAGAAAUAGAGGACAGAGCAGCAGGAACGACGACGGCUGAAACAAAGACGGCUGGGAGUUUAAGUCGUCUCAGUGUUUGUGCUAGUAAAAGUCUUCAUUAAAGGACCAUACCUGUGA